AUGCCUGGUACUAUGGCUGAUGGGCCGACCGUGGCGAUGUCCUUUGCCAACAACUUCUGGGGCAAAGACGAUGCCGGUGUGAUCCCUUUACUGGAACGAAUGCAUAAUGCAAAAGUAACGUGUGAUGAAGUAAAAUCUUUCUAUAACACUCGCGCCGCAAUUGAGGACGAAUACGCACGAAAACUGCUCGCACUCUGUCGCAAGUCCCUCGGUUCGAAUGAGACCGGUACCUUGCGCGUUUCUCUUGAUGUCGUACGAGGUGAGACAGAAGCAAUUGCAAAGGCACAUGCUGCUAUCUCCCAGCAGAUGAAAAGCGAAUUGGAAGAGCCAUUGGCAGCAUUUGCCGGUGGUAUGAAGGAACGGCGAAAGAUAGUCCAGAAUAGUAUUGAAAAGCUGUUAAAGAUCAAGAAUCAACAAACACACACAGUGAACAAGGCACGAGACAGAUACGAGCAAGAUUGUCUGCGGAUCAAAGGAUACCUAGCACAAGGCCACAUGGUUAUGGGUCAAGAAGAGCGAAAGAAUAAAGCAAAGCUGGAGAAGACACAAAUUCAGCUUGCUUCAAAUAGCAAUGAAUACGAGGCAGCAGUGAAGAUUCUUCAAGAGACGACAGGCCGCUGGAAUAAAGAGUGGAAGGCCGCUUGUGAUAAAUUCCAAGAUCUUGAAGAAGAAAGACUCGAUUUCACAAAGAGUAGUUUGUGGGCUUACGCAAAUAUUGCUUCCACUGUUUGUGUCAGCGACGAUGCCUCCUGCGAGAAGAUCCGUGUGUCAUUGGAAGGCUGUGAAGUCGAAAAGGACAUUGGUAGCUUUAUCAAAGACCGCGGUACUGGACAAGAAAUACCAGAUGCACCUAGGUUCAUCAACUUUGCUCGCGGAGACAUUAAUGACACUAGCUCAGAGGCUUCCGACGAGGACAAUUAUUCUGUGGCACAGUUUCAAAGAGCGAUUAAUCCUGCCUUCCGCAGCUCCUCGCCCCAACCUUCAACUUAUGAAUCUCAUAAUGACCCAAGCUCAGAGCUGGCUGCUCAAAUGGGUCUACCCAAUCUUACCGCUACAGAGAGUAGUGAGGCCACAGUGACUCCCCAGAGGUCAAGUCCUCAACAAAUGCCACAGAGUCAGCCUGUACAACCUGUUCAGCCUGUUCAAGCUGCCCAACCUCCACAGCCAGUACAGCCAUCUCCUCUGGAUCUUCGACGCGGUGGUCAACUACCACCGAACUAUGAUCCCAACCAGCAUGGUGAGAUUGGAAAUGUGCCUCAUAAUUCCUACCCAACAGACGGAAUGACAAUGUUCUGCCGCACUGGACCACCAUCCGAGCGUAGCUCGGCGACCAGUGCAUAUAGACCUUCAAGUCGAGAAGACAAUCAAAGUGAUAUCUCCAACCCUACAUCAUUCUCAAGCCAAGAUCCCCCCAGCGGCAAGCAGUCACCGGUCAAGCAGCCAACCAACGGCGUUGCGAUCCCAGGAAUGUCACCUGAAAAACAAGUUCAAAAGAGGCGAAGCGCCUUUUUCAGUAAUAGUCCGUUCCGUCGGAAGAGUCGCCACGAUAAAGAUCGUCAGUCUCAGUCUUCCUCUCGCAGCCUGACCAAGCCCGUCUACAAGCAGCCAUCACCGGAACCCCCGCGUCCUACAAGUCCAGAGCCUGUAGACCCCAGGGCAAACUUUCAGUUGAACAUCGGGAACAAUGUUUUUGAUGUAGCUUCACCAGACAAGAAACCACCAGCACAAACAUCGCAACCUCCGGAAGACGACCUUGACCCAAUUGCUAGAGCGCUCGCCGAUCUCAAAGGAGUCGGCAAACCUUCCGCUGGCCGGGUCUCCGCAGAUCGCUAUCAUGGCCUGUCGACGCCUGCUCCUUCUGCCACCAGUUCCACUUAUGGAAACACUGGAAAUGCAGAUGCACCGCCUCCUUCUUACAAUGAACCAGCGAAGCGACUGGACGCCCCUCAGCCAGCGUUUACUUCUGCUCAAAUGCAGAAGACGACUCAGAAGUACGUUGGUCAAGCUCAAAAUAUGUUUGGCGGGUCCAAUAGUCCUCAAAGGAGCUCUACAAGGCCCCAGGCCCCUACCCAAGAAGUUCCCCGCGCUCGGUCUCCUGCUCCCAGCUUUGGCGGAUCCCAGAACCCUCAGCGUACCGCUACUAGGGCUGCUCCAGUGCAAGAUAUCCCCCGUGCCCGAUCUCCUGUUCCAACACUAGCUGGAUCUCAAAAUCCUCAACGGACCACUACUCGGGCCUAUGCUCCAGUGCAAGAUAUACCUCGUGCUCGGUCUCCUGCCCCAACAAUCAGAAGAAGUGUCAGCCCUCAGCCUACAACUGCACCGGUAGAUACGCGCGUCGGUCAGUACAGUACUGUGACCGGAGCUCAAGGAGGAGGCACAAGCCGUGCUCCAACAACAUAUCAAUCGAGAGGCUACAAUAUUCGCAAUGCUCAGUCUCCUACCACGAAUACUCACCCUAGCAGUGACCGUGGUUACUCACCACAGCAGUAUUCUCGACACGCAUCUCCUGUUGAACCUGCCCGGCCAAUUUCACCGCGUCCAGCAUUCGCACAAGAGACGCGCCCAGCAAGUGCUAAUGGUAUGGAGCUUCAACUCUCCGGAGGCCAUGUAGAGUCCUACAGAGGCGGCUAUGACUCCUACAAUGGAAGAGGACGAGAGAAUACUGGUCGACCACAAUCCAUGUACUACAGCAAUGGUGCAGAUUCGGUUUCACGUUCUCGCAGCAAGAGCAUUGCUGUUGCCGAUCCUGGUCGACACCUUAGCCGUGAUGGUCGUCCAAUUUUGCAUUUUGCACGCGCUCUGUAUAGCUACAAUGCCGCUAUUCCUGAGGAGCUCGGGUUUUCUAAAGGAGAUAUACUCGCGGUUCUGCGCCUGCAAGAUGAUGGAUGGUGGGAAGCAGAAGUGACUGGGGGCCGCGGCCACCCAGGCUUGGUUCCAAGCAACUAUCUGCAAAGCAUUUAA